AUGGGCUCGGCGGUCUGCCGCCUUUUCUUUACUUUGCGGCUCCCUCUCUGCCGUGCUCUUUACUACCUCCACCGCUGCCUAUUCCCCUCUUGUUUCUUUCUUCAUUCCCGCUCCCUCACAGAUAUCAGCUCACUGCCUCCAGCGACUCUGCUGCUACUAUCACCGCUAACACCACGACAGAUGGCAAUGGCGACGGUGCGGCGUCGUGCGGUGUGCGCCCUGGCGAUUCUCGCGCUGCUCUGCGGCUGCUGCUCCCUCGUGUGUGGGGCGAAGCCAACGGCCAAGAAGGUGGUGAGUGUGCAGGUGUCGUGUGCGGGUGCGGACAGAAAGGCAAGUUGGCGUGUUCCUGGCGAGCAAAAAUGGGAGAAGUGUGGAAUAACUGUGGAUGACUCCAUGGGAUUGAGUGGAAAAAUGGAAGAUCCGAGGCACUACCUCUGCGCCUGGGUUGCAGUUUACUACAAGAACACCAAAUGUUGUGGGAAACCUCCUGCAUCCACAGCAAAGACCACAACGUUCACGAUGAACUGCACGACGGAUGAGGACGGCAUGUUGUAUAAGCGGUGGCUGAAGGCGAAUAAAGGCGACACGUCUUUUACUGAUUCGAGCAGCGAUCCAUAUGUCAUGCUGAGUUGUCGCGAUCCCGCGUCCCGUGGAUUUUUACGUGGGGAGGUAAAUGAUGCGCCUGAGGAGUGCGGUGAGGAAGUUGUGGAGGAGGCUUUGCCGGGAGAGGAGGCGAAAGACGAGGUGGCGAUACACCGGGAGGGCGGAGGAGAGCCCCAACGCCGUGAGGGAGAACAGCGCGAGGGCCCAGCUCCCACAACGCAAGUGCCUGCACCUGCCGAAAGGGCUCCGGGGGCGGGUGGCGAAAGGGCUCUGCAAGACGCUGGCGAUGGACAUCCGACCGCCGCAAAUGGUGCUGCCAGUGGGGGCGGGGGUGCAAACGACGCUCCAACCGCAGCGAAACGCGCGGAUGGCGGUGCGGCCCCGGGGGCGGCAGCCCACCAGCCACAUGAAUCCGGACGGACGCAAACGCCCUCAACCUCUCAAGACGAAUCCGACGCGCCCGGCCCCACCCCUUCCGCUAGCGGCGCUGAUGCAACGCCGAGGGCAACUGCAGCCACGCGAAACGGCACCACUGGGGAAGUCAUGGCCAAUUCUGCGGAUCUCAGUGUCAUUUCCACUCCGUUUGUGCGUCCCGCCUUGCUGCUGCUGCUGCUCGCUGCUGCCCUUGCCGCCCAUGGCGUGUGCUGA